ACGAAAGGUGGCAGCAAAAGCAGUCUAUAUGGCACAUGCCACACUUCAAGCAAGCGAAGCAAAGAGCACGAACGGUCCUGAUCUUCGCUGUUUACACGUGUUCCGAGAACGAUAUGACUCCAUUACCAGUUGCACCGACUGAUCAAUGGAUGCAUCGUCAAAUCGGAGUGGAACCCUUCACACAUCUUCUCCCAAUAACUAUAGAGAUUUAUGCAGGAAAACCAUGAUGCUUGGAGUGGCCGAGACCGCCAAACCAAACCGCAAACGCCAGUGGAAAAGUAAAUCCGCCAGCUUGAAGAGGAAGAGAACCGAAUUUCACCCAGAAAGCCUUGAAAUUAACACCAUGGUCAAAAAAAGCCCAGCCUGUUUCCCGAGCACCCUCAGCUUGGGCGCUACAAGGGCUGACGAGGCCGAGAGCGGGCAGGAGUUCCGCGGGUCCCAGGCCUCGACCUCAUCCCUUCACCACAAAGUAGCCCAGCGCCCGGGGGCGGGCCCGGCUCUCGGCGAGCGCUGGGAGUCGGACAGCGGCUUCUCGUCCGAGGCCAGUCCCCCGGUGAGCGGGCGCAGCUCCCCGUCGCUCUGCCCGUCCCCAGCGCUGCUGGUGUCCCUGGACUGCGAGAUGGUCGGCACGGGGCCCCGGGGACGCUGCAGCGAGUUGGCCCGUUGCAGCAUCCUGGACUACAGCGGUAGCGUGCUCUACGACAAAUACAUCAGCCCCUGUCAGCCCGUCACCGACUACCGGACGCGCUGGAGCGGCAUCCAGAGGCACCACCUCCUGAAGGCCGUACCCUUUGCCGAGGCCCGGGAAGAGAUUCUCUGCAUGCUGGAGGGCAAGGUGAUCGUGGGACACUCCAUCUACAACGACUUCAAGGCCUUGGACAUGUGCCAUCCGUGUCACAUGGUCCGUGAUGUGGGCAGCAGUCGCCACGUCAGGAAGCUGGCGGGCUUCCCCCACAACCGCUGCCUCUCACUGAAGAUCCUGGCCAGCAAGCUCCUGGACCGGAGCAUCCAGAGUGGGAGGAAAGGCCACUGCUCGGUAGAAGAUGCCCUGGCAGCUCUGCACAUCUACAAGCUGGUGGAGAAUGAGAUGGAGAGCGAGCUGUGGAGCAAAACCAGUAAGAGCGAGGAGUUGCCACAACCAGGACCAGUCUCCAUUGACCACUACAUGCAAGACCAGUACUGGCCAGAGCACCUUACUGACGACGGCCAAUGAGGAACGCGCUAGUGACUAAGGUGUCGUGGGAUCAUGCUGUAAGUUAUGGAUUUGGCAGGUUCUCAUCUAGCUGGGGAGUAGAGAAAGAUUUAACAGUAAAUCGAAUAUAUUUGGAGACAACAUUUCCCUGAUAUGUUGUUUAAUCUAAGUGCUGUAUCUAAGAGCAGAUGCAGCACACGCAUAUUCCGACAAAUAUUUCAAAGGGACCCUAUUAUACCUUGAGUGUUUGUGAUUAGCCAUUACCAGCUGCUGAAAGUCUGCCCCUUUUCUGUGCCU